AUGUCAUUAGAGUCUGGAGUUGUUACAUCUCCCGGAUGUACAAGCGAUGUUUCAUCGACUACUUUAAACAAGUCGAUUGAUGAAGACAAGUAUGAUGUGGCACGUGUUCAACUUGAAGAAGAGAACAUCGAGCUGAAACAAAAGAUUAAGACGUACGAGGCCGGCUUUCUUCAAAGUCAGAAUUUGGUGAAAGAAUAUCGAACGUUCAUUAACUACUUUCCUAAACGAGGCGAACGCUUUUGUUGUGGUAAAAUCGAUAAAGUGUUGAAACCAAACGACACAUAUGCGGUGACUUAUGGAACACAAUUUCCUGAGAUCCCAAAAGUCGUCUGCUUUUUGAACCCAACGAUCUUCAAACUGGACAACUCGUGUAUAAUUCCUUCACAAAACGGAUUUAUAUUAAAGACAAACCAAUUUUCGCCAAUACAAAGUGAAGGAUCAUUCUAUUUCUGGAUCGCUUACUGUCCUAUUAAACCCAAAUCGGAGAAAAUGGGAGAAAUAGUCGACCUUUUAAAGGGCGUCAAGACAUAUACCGAAAAAGAAGUAGAGCUUCAAAUAGUGAAAUAUAUGAAGAAAGGGAGUGUGAAUGAUAUCGAUGGGAAUGGGAGGACUUUUUUGUAUUAUGCGUGUGAGAAGUCGUUUGUCGGACUAGUCGAGUUUCUUUUGAAUAAAUCGGCGGACCCCAAUAUUUCAGAUGAGAAUCAAUACUCGCCCCUCCAUAAAGCACUUUCAGCGGAAAAGAUCGAGAAGCGAAUAGUCGAGAUGUUAUUAGAGAAAGGGGCUGACCGAGCUGCGAAGAAUGAAAGUUUGAGUACGCCAUUACAUUAUUUGUGUCGUGUGUCUAACUUGGGUCAAAACACGGAAACGCUGAAAGUCAUAUUAGACGUGGAAGAUAAGACGAUGGAUGGUUCAGUGAGUCGGAAGAGAUAUGUCAAUGAAGCGAAUUUGGCUGGGGAAACAGCUUUAACGAAUGUGUGUACCCGAUCGAUGGAUGUUAAUGCUAUCCGUUUAUUAUGUGAGUCGGGGUCGGACGCGAAUCAUCAAACCAAUUCUGGCAUUUUUCCGUUAUAUUCUGCUGUUCUUAAGAAAAAUACGGCUGCAUUAGAAGUAUUACUGAAAUAUGGAGCAAAUAUCGGCCAAAUUUAUAACGGGAAACCACUCUUCCAAAUUGCAGAGGAAAAGGGCCAAAUUGAGAAAUUAAAGAAAUUUAUUAAAGAGAAUUAUAUGAACAAAACGAUGAGUGAUGUGGACAUCACGACUCUUGCAGAUACUUUUGAAACAAUCACUUUCCCAGUCGAAUCAUGGACGGACAAUAUUAUGAUGCAAAAAUCAGUGUUAGUGGAACUGGAUAACUUACCGCCACAAAGUCACGUGGAAAAUUAUUUUACUUGCACAACACAUAAAUAUGAUAGUUUACUAUUUAAUAAUAUUCAUGACCCACAAGCUUGUUCAUAUUAUUAUAAAAACUAUUUCAAAUUAAACGAACAUAACAAUUACAUCAUUCAUUCGGAUAACGAGUCGUCGAUUGUGUCGAUCUCAGAUGAUACCCCGAACACCGAAAAAAAGAUUAAAAAAGUCAUCAUCAGAACGAAACGAUUUGACACUCGAAAAGUGUUUGAGAACAAAACGGACCACCAAAUAUUGAAGGAGUUGUUUGUCGAUUAUAAAGAAAAGGCGACUUUUCCGAUUCGAGGGGACGCUAUGUAUAACGCUCUUAUCAGAUUUGAGAAUUUCUUCACAUAUAACAGAUACAAAUUUGGCGUGUUGUACGCGGCACCGGGUCAAACGAAAGAAAUGGAGUUUUAUAAUAACAGGACGGGGUCGGUGCAUUUUGAACACUUUUUGACAUUAAUUGGACAAAAGACUAAAUUGUAUGGAUACAAUGGCUUUGUAGGUGGGUUGGAUACAAAAAAUAAACUGACGGGGGAGUACUUUGUCGCUAAUAGAUUCUCACAAGGAAAGAUAGAAAUCACUUUCCACGUCUCGACGUACCUCCCGUAUAUGGAAAACAAUGAACAACAACUCGAUAAGAAGAAACACAUCGGAAAUGACGUCGUUGUCCUCGUAUUUAAAGAGUAUACCGGAACACCAGAACCAAUCGAUAUCACAAGCUUCAAAACACAAUUUAACCACGCUAUCAUCGUCGUCGGUUGUGAUCUGAAUCAACACAAUCCACCAGACCAAGUCAUGUACUCCGUUAAUAUCUGGUGUAAAAAGGAAGUCGCCCCCGUACCCCCUUUCAUUACCACUGACUUUUAUGUCCACUCUCCGGAGUUCGGACAGUUCUUAGUCGCAAAAAUGAUCAACGCUGAAAGAUCAGCUCAAGACUCCCUCACAUUCAGAGCUAAGCGGCUUACUAUUAGACAAAACCAGCUUGAAAGCAUGAUGAACAACUUCGUUAGGUGA